UUAUGUACCUACCUGUACAGGCUACGACGUACCAAACCACAACAAACAUGCUGCAGUUUAAUAUAUCGUAUACCUAGCACGCCACGCUACACGCGAGACCAAACGUUUUACGCUCGUCCCGGUUAGCCGUGAUAACUAAUUAUUGUUAUUUCAUAUUAUAUUAAAAUUAAUAAUAAUUAUUGUCUGUUAUCAAUGCAUCGAUUUAUAAUUAGACGUUUCGCCUCGAAAUAAUCACAAUAUUUUAACAAUAGGUAGAUUCGCGUUCAUCACUUUUCUUCAUGUCCUCCGUUUGUUUCUUCGUUUUUCUUUUACCGCAGUAUAAGUAGUGAUUUCGUCGUCAUCGAAUAGAACCAUGAAGGCGACGAAUUCCUGGUUAACACUAUAUGUAUGCUUCGUUUUGGGUACGACAGGAACGGGCAUACUAUGUAAUCCAUUAAAUGAAAAACGUCAAACCGUUUCAUGUUCAGUAAACAUGUUCAGCUGUUCAAAUCAGGAGUGCAUUGAUCCUUCAUCAAUUUGCGAUGGAAUCGCAGAUUGUUCAGAUAAGUCAGACGAGACCCAAAGUUUGUGUGCUCCACUGUUUAAGACAUGUCCGGGAUCUGCGUUUCGAUGUAAUUACGGUGCAUGUGUAAGUAAAAAUGCAAAAUGUAAUGGUAAAAACGACUGUGUCGACGGAUCAGAUGAACAAUUACCAGAAUGUAAAAAACUAGGUCUGAGUAUUCCAUCAAGCCCUCCAAGACCCCAACAAACUCAUGUAACCAGUCAGGCUAAAUGCAUUGCUCGAGAAGAGUACCGCUGUACAUCUGGCCAAUGCAUAGAUGUAACAUCCAUUUGUGAUGGAACUUCAGAUUGCAAUGAUGGAUCUGACGAAACAUCGGAAUUGUGUAAAUCAAGGGUAUGUCCAAUGAGUACGUUCACGUGCAGCUAUGGUGCCUGUAUUAGUAAACAAAGAAAAUGCGACGGUUCGCAGCACUGUGCUGACGGUUCUGAUGAAGCAGGCUGCGGUUCCAACGGAGACCGCAAACCUAACCCAACUUCACAAAUCACGCAGAGACCGACCACCACCUCAGCACCGCAGUAUCAAACUAGCAGACCAACAACGCAGAGACCAUCAUCGCAGACCAAUAAUAUAAAGUCAUGCAUUAUACCAUAUACCGAGGGCACAGUGUAUUCUUUAUUCCAAACUGAUUCAGAACAAAAUCCUUCUUUAUCACCUGGGACAUUUGUUGAUCCGAAUACCGCAGUGGAAGAGAACUGCGAAGAAGGAUAUUAUAAAACUACUUCUAAUAGAAUUAUAAUUUGUUCAGGAAAUGGAAAAUGGAAACCAAAGGUCGAUAAAUUAUGUUUGAAAAGAUGUCCAUCUGUGUUUUCGGACAGUUUAGAUAUCGAAUGUGUAUUCAAUGGUAAAAAAGAAGAUUGUUCAAACCCAUCAAUACCAGGCACUGUAUUAACACCAAAAUGUAAAGUCACACACACUGUACCAAAUGGACAAAUAGAGACUCCAAUUAAAUUACGUUGUCAACAAGAUGGAAAAUGGAGUGAUCGACUUUAUACUUGUAUCCCAUAUUGUGGCCGACCAUAUACUCCAAACCAAGCAUUGAUUCUAGAUGGUGUUGAAGCUAAAUAUGGAUCAGCGCCUUGGAAUGUUGGAGUAUAUCGAAAAACUAACAAAAAUAGUUUUAGCUUGAUAUGUGGAGGAUCACUGAUUGCUACAAAUUUAGUUGUAUCUGCGGCUCAUUGUUUUUGGCAAGAAGGGUUGACGAGUAGAAUAUUAUUAAACGAUGGUACGUAUAAAGUUGGCGUUGGAAAGUAUAAGAGUGACAUUACAGUUAAGGACAAUGAAUUUACCCAGAUUGUCGAUGUGGGAUUGAUUUACUUGAGAGAAGGUUAUUAUGGUUCUUCCGGAUAUCAUGCUGAAGAUCUAGCCAUUAUUGUGUUAUCAAGCAAAGUUACACUAAGCAAUGUAGUGUUGCCUGUUUGUGUGGACUGGUCUAAGAAAUAUUCUGUUUUAAAUGGAUCUAUUGGAAAAGUCGUCGGCUGGGGGAAAACAGAAAAAAUGGUAGAAAGUGCUAUUUUAUUAGAAGCUAAUAUACCGUACAUCGACCAUCAGACUUGUCGGAGUAUGUACCAAAACGGAUUUCAAAACUUCGUUUCUGUUGAUAAAUUCUGCGCCGGUACUAAAAGUGGACAAGGAGUUCAUCAAGGUGAUAGUGGUGCCGGAUUUACCUUUGAACAUAGCUCUUUACAUUUUUUAACUGGAGUUGUGAGUGUAAAGGAUGCUACCACAAAUGAUUCGAUAGCAGUGUUUACAGACGUCAGUCGCCACGUUUCGUGGAUUCAUGAAAUUUAUACUAAUUAUACCUAUGCAAGUGACAGUUUUUCUAGAUCUGUUAGAUAGUGCAAUAAAAAUAACUAAGACGUAUAUUUUGCCAUCAUUAUUUUAAUAUUGAACUCAGCAUUUAUAAAUAUUUUUUACCUGUGUUAUAUUUUAACUUUUUAUACAUUUUGAAUGAUUGUAUCACAAACAAAAAGGGAUGAUAUAUUAUACAAUUAUUGAAUUUAUUAAAUUAUGAGAUGAUCUUUUGAGUCAAUAACUAAAUAUUGAUUUAUAAUACGUAAUAUAUACAAUAUUUUUCAUGUUUGGUCAUUAGUAAUAAAUUAUUUUGCAUUUCAUAAAA